AUGGCGGUUGGCGUUUUGGGAGCUCCCGUUGAGUCUGGUCUUGACGCACGCGGUCUUGUGCGACACGAUAGCCUCAACCCCAUCCGAACACGUCUUCAAGGAGGUGCCAUUGGCAGGGCCAUUCAGAUGUUCACCCCUUCGCUCCAUAUCGCCCAUGGCUGCCAGCCUUACACUGCUGUAGACGAUUUUGGAAACUACAGCGGCGGUCUCCAAGACUCUGGAAACGUGGGUGCUGGCUGCAGAGACACCAACAAAGGCCAGAUCUAUGCCCGAGCGGCCUGGCACGGAGGCAGAUUCGGCAUCAUGUACGCCUACUACUUCCCUAAGGACCAGCCCGUCUCCGGCAACGUUGCUGGUGGCCACCGUCACGACUGGGAGUCUGUUGUUGUCUGGAUCGACAACCCAGCCAACGCAAACCCUCGCCUCCUCGGCGCUGCCGCCUCAGGUCACGGCCAGUUCAAGAAGUCCACCAACCCACAGAGGAACGGAAACAACGUCAAGGUGGAAUACUACCACGUUCUCCCCAGGAACCAAGAAUUUCAGUUCACGAACACCAAUGGACGCUCUUACUGGAUCAACGACUGGGAUGCCAUGCCUUCCCUCGCGAGGAAAACCCUGGAGGAGACUAGCUUUGGAAGCGCAAACGUCCCGUUCAAGAACGCGAACUUUGGCCGCAACCUGGGCUUGGCUGCUCUCUAA